AUGUGGCCGACAUUUGAGACGGAAAAGCCCGUCGUGCCCCUGCCGAUCACGGAUGGAGAUAUGAGGCUGGCCACCUUGGCUUUUGGCUUUACUAUCGGCUUUGGCUAUUUUGUCGUGUGGCACGCAAUUAGACAGACACAAAAGACACGCCGAUGGAGCGCCUACAUUAUCAUGUGCUGGCUUGAAAUUUUAGUUUGCACUGUGUUCGCUAUAAUAUGCUGGCUCUAUUUGUGCGGAAUAAUAGAGUACUCGUUCUGGUUCUACUUUUGGAUUUUGACCAUGUGGGCAUUCCAGGUCCAGUUCUUACUCCAAAUUAUCGUGAAUCGUAUAUGCAUUCUGCUUCCCACUCCUUCGCGAAAGUUUUGGCUCAAAUUCAUCAUUGGCGCAUGGAUCACUGCUAUCAAUAUCACAGUCUACUGUAUAUGGGUUCCGGCUAAACUUCAAAUCUCGGAUAGAUACCGCGUUAUUAACUUGUACUGGGACCAUACAGAGAAAGUUUUGUAUCUCAUCACCGACGCCAUUCUCAACUACAUGUUUAUUCGUAUCAUCAGGAAGCGUCUUGUUGCCAUGGGUCUGAAGAAAUAUGACAAACUAGUCAAGUUCAACGAAAAGAUUAUCAUGGUUUCACUGUCCAUGGACGUACUUAUCAUCGGGAUGAUGAGCUACCGAAACGACUUUGUAUACAUGCAAUUUCACCCGGUUGCAUAUAUGGUCAAGCUUGAAAUCGAAAUGUGCAUGUCCAAACUUAUGGUUAAAGUCGCUACCGGGACUGGAGUCAAUGUUUACGAAGGCCCAGAUCACACUUCGUCUCAGAGCAAUUCGCGAGACCCAACCCGCCGAACAACGUACAACCAGGGUCGUGACACUGUGAACAUCCAAGUUGCGACUCAUGUGGUCACACAUACGGACCAUGAGAUUGAAGAUCAAGAGGCUCAUGAGCUCGAGGAGCGAGAUCAGAAGCAACGAGUUCUCGAUGAUUCCGACCUCGAGAAUGGUUCGAGACUAAGAACUAUUUCAUUAGUACCAGAAGACGAUCAAGAAAGCACUCGAACCGCCGACACAACCCAGAAGCGAGGAGAGUGGGGGCCCACUAACUCUCAGGGAUGGAGUGACAACGCCGCCGCGGACGUUCAGGAUCGCCGAGCGGUCACAUUUAGUCCUUCGCCUGAGCCCCGACCGGGGACCGGGGAGAGCGAGGUGGAUCAUAAUGCUAGUACGGAUGCUGCCGGCACACCCUAG